AUGGAUAAACGUAUUCAUAUAAGACAAUCAACAAGCCUUACUUUUCGAAAUUAUUUAAUUCAUUUUAAGUGGCCUUUAUUAGGAUUUAUAUUUUUUAUAAUUUUUAUUUUAUUAAAUAAAAUGAAAUUUACUUUAAAUAAAUUUUCUUCCAUUGAAUAUAAAGAUGAUAUUGAAAUUUCAUUUACGGAUGUUAUAUAUCCAAUUGAUGUUUUAAAUCAAAGUCAUCUUAAUACAAGUAUUUUAUAUUAUUUUGCAAGAAAAGAAGAACAAAAAUUAAUUGAUGAUGAAAAAUCAAAUAAUAAAAAAUAUAAAACUAUAUUACCAUUAAUAAAUAAUAAAUCUUUAUCAGAAUCUUAUUUAAUACUUGAAUUUACACAUGUCUUUGGAAAACCACGUUUUUGUUCACAUUCAAAAGAAGACAUUUUUGGUAACACAUGUCCUUAUACAAAUUGUGAAUAUACAUGUAAUCAAAAACAUGAACAAGAUGCUGAUGUACUUUUAAUGCAUAAACGAGAUUUAGAUUCAAAAAAACUUGAAACAUUGAAAAGAAAUUCAGAACAAAUUUGGCUUUUAUGGCAUGAUGAACCAAAUGAAGAUUCACCAAAUAUUAAUAAAUAUAAAUUUAAUUGGACUAUAACAUAUCGAAUGAGUGCUGAAGCAUCAUUAGCUGCUUAUGGUAUAACAGUUGUGAAAAACAAACCAUGGUCGAUGGAAAAAUUUAAUUCAUGGAUUAAUGAACAAUUUAAUAAAAGAUAUAAUCAGGCAGUCUGGUUUGUGUCUAACUGUAAACCACAAAAACGUCUUAAAAAAUUUCGUUCACUUCGACAACAUUAUCCAAUUGCAGCUUUUGGUAAAUGUAUUCCAUUGAAUGAAACUGUAUCUCUUAAUGCAGAUAUUCAAUCCAAAACUGAAUGUAAUCGUAAAUCAAACUGUGAAACAUUUCAAUUAACAACAUCAAAAUUUUAUCUUGCUUUUGAAUCACAAUCGUGUACAGAUUAUAUAACAGAAAAGUUUUGGCGUACACUUUCUGUUGGUGCUAUACCAAUUGUAAGUGGACCUGAACGAGAAAAUUUUGCACGAAUUGCUCCACCUAAUUCAUUUAUUCAUGUUAAUGAUUAUUCAUCAGAUGAAGAAUUAAGUAAAGCAUUAAAUUUAAUUGGUACAAAUCGAACAUUAUAUGGAAAAUAUCAUGUAUGGAGACGUUAUUAUGAUGUUUAUUAUCAAGCAAAAGACGUUGAUCCGUAUCGAUUUUGUGAAUUAUGUUAUCGUUUAAAUACAAAUAAACAACGUAUUUGGUAUGAAAAUAUUAACGAUUGGUUUUUAGAAAAAUGUUGA